AUGCUGUCUCUGGGCAGACCAUUUCUAUCCGCUCGAUUUUUGGAUAACUUCAUGCUUGACGGAGGAGAACAUGUCACCUGCCAACCAGCUCUGCUCAAGGUUGAUGACAACUUUUUCAUGGUGAUCCCCCCCAACGAAAACAAAGCUACCAAGAUCUCAGUGGACCAUCUUCAAAUUGCUACCCGCUCGAAUAUGUCAUUCAAAUGGACCCUGGUGGAGGUUGGAGACCAACCCAAUGUAGGAUCAAGGAAGGUCACUACAGGUUUCUUCUAUAGAGGAGAAACAACAAACUGCACAGCCAACAUUGUCAAGUCAACUUACCAAUUCCAAGAUGCAAACAAUCAGUACAUUUUUUGCGGGAGUUGUUUCAUUGGUAAUAGUACACUGAAGGCCAAGUUUUGUAAUUCUCUAAAUGGAGUUUCUGAUGAUUUAUUCCGCAGAUCAACCAGCCAUUUUUGGUGGAGCGCCGAAGGUCUUUAUCGUGGAUUUGACACUUUUCAUCCACAGCUUCCGAUACCACUCUAUACCCUGCCACUAUCAGCUUUCCCCCCAAAUUAUAGUGAACUGCAGGAAGAUUACUACAGAAACUAUAAACCGAUAAUCAGUCCACAUGACAUUACUGAAGUAGGGACUUGGCUGGGAGGAGUCAGUUUGAUGCCAGCAACUCAGUUGAGCAAUUAUGAUGUAGGGUUUCCUCCGCAACCGCUUCCUCCGCCUCAAGGAAAGAUCUUCAUCGACAAUUCAACACAACCAAGCAAUUUCUUUGAUGUAUUCAACAACACCUAUGAGACUAUAUGUCAUGAACAGUUUUGCAGCUUUUUUCGAGUCGUUGUCAAUGGUAUUGGACCAAUUUUACCAUUCGGAUCUCACGCUAAAACUCUGGAAAAAGUACCCGAAGCUUUGUUAUUAAUGUUCAAUCGGACACUUUCAUUCAACUUUCGGAUCAUGGAUUUAGCAGCUGAUGAUCUGCAGGGCAAGGAAAUAGGAGCUACCUACUUGUGCACCAAGACUAAAAAAGUUUGGCUUCCUGCCCUAAAGGUCGUGUCUGUCACGUUAGGGAGCUCUGCGGGUGUAUUUUUGGCAAUUUCUUCUUAUGUCAUUGUUGCUUUUGCUCGUCAAUACGACAACAGAAAAGAAAACCAGAAAGUGGACCAAUCUGCCUAG